CCCACCGAUCUCACAUCUUUUCUAAAUUCUCUCUCUCUCUCUCUCUCUCUCUCUCUCAUGGGCUCAUGGCUUCUCCUCCUCCAUCGCCGGUGAUUUUUUUCUCUGGUCGCAACGGAUAUAAGUUGGAAUUAGCAGAAAGGGGUUUUACUGAAGAAGAGUCAUUUCAGAAGGAAGAAAAUUAUUAAUAAAAACCUUCUGUAUCCCAACGUGGGGAUAUUGUAGUUUUAUUUUUUGUUUCUCGUCAUGAUCAUGGCUUCCUUGUGCUGGUUUUCUCUGGUUGUUAUGGCAUUUUGUGCUGGAGUUUCCCUUCAUAAAAAAAAUUCUGCAUCUGGGUUUUUCAGAAUCUGAUAAAAGAAUCUCUACUCAAGUGGAGAAAGGAUUAAAAUAAGUGUUUACAGUUUUUAUUUUUCUUCGUUUCUAUAAGCAUGGGUGAAGCAAUGAGAGGUAAGCCCAGUGAAAUCGAGCAUUUCUCUUUGCCAAUGACUGGGUACCCAAUAGAUCUGUUGAAGAGAUUCACGUCUGUGAGUAACAGGGCGAUCGAAAUUGCUUCUGCAACAGAAGAUACUGAAGAAAUCGAACUGAAUCUCGGGCUUUCUUUAGGUGGUUGUUUUGGGGUAGACCCUAAGGAGAAGAGGCAACUCGUACGAACAUCUUCGGUUGCUGGGUUAACAUUUUUGGCGAGGGAAGAUGAUGCCGUCACUCCACAACCCGUAGCGCCUCUGCCCAGAACCUGUUCGUUGCCUACUGAAACGGAAGAUGAACGGAGGAAACGAAAGGAGUUACAGUGUCUGAGGAGGAUGGAGGCAAAGAGGAAGAGAUCAGAGAAACAGAGGAAUUUUAGGGCUGGUAGAGAUCGAGCCUCUUUGGAGGGAAGUGUGGAGGAAGAGAAGCGGAUUGAAGACGAUACUGCUCUUAAGGCCAUGAACUUUAAAGGGAAGGUCGAGGGCGCUUCUGCUACUGCUUUGGCCAAAGAACAGCAGCAAUUUAGGGUUGCAAAUAGAUUGUCUGCAACGGUGGGACAACAGUUUGGGGUUCCCAGUUGGGCUGCAUCUCCAAGAGGUGCUGCUCUUCCUCAUGGGUUUGAUGCCACAGCCAACGAGAAAGGUAGUAUCUUAGCUUCAGCUGCUGCUGCUUUGAGAGGGUAUCCAGGGCCGACGUCACAGGGAUCGAUAGGAUCACAGGGAAGUAGUUCUUCUGGGAUUUCAGAGUUCGAGAGCAGACAGGUUCAAGGAUUUAGCAGUUGCACUGAAGCAAGAAGCCCUGCCAGUGUCCAAUCACUGUCGGAGCAGGUUGAGCAGAAAACAGUAAUCAGCCCCAAAGCAACAACUGAGAUGGCAGGAAAGUCUGUUGGGGGAGAAAUGGAUACAUCAGAGAAAUCUAAGAUGGUGAGGAAUGGAUUCAAUACUUUGGAGAUGGGGAGGAAUGUGAUGGAAGAGAUGCCUUGUGUUUCUACAACAGGAGAUGGUCCCAAUGGGAAGAGGAUAGAAGGGUUCUUAUAUAAGUACAGGAAGGGGGAGGAGGUGAGGAUAGUCUGUGUGUGCCAUGGCAGCUUUCUUUCUCCAGCCGAGUUCAUCAAGCAUGCCGGUGGAAGUGAUGUGGCACACCCUUUAAAACAUAUAGUUGUCAAUCCAUCUCCCUCAUUUUUGUAAUGGUGGAGACAUGUAUCAUCCUUAAGUAAGAAUAUUAAAAAAGAAGAGAAAAGGAUGGACUAGAAUAGUAGAUGAGAAAAGAAAUUAGAAAGAAAGGGAGGAUGAGAAGCAACCUUCUUAAUUUUUCGGGUUUUUUUUCUCUUUUUCUGGAAGGGUGCUUUGAUUGUAUGGAGUACAUGAUGCCUCUUCUGCUUGGAAACAAAGUAGUUUUAAGUGCAAAGAAGAGAUUUUCACAUGUACAUCUCUGAAGCUCUUUUUUAGUUGUUCUUCCUCAAUUCUAACGGUCUUGUUUCUAUGUACAGAGAAUUUAGAUGAAGCAAAAAAGAAGAAUUUGGUGGAGUGCCAUA